AUGUCUGCUCAAAGUAAUAAUCAAGCUAUCGCUGAUAUCACAUCGGAUGAAACGAAAUAUUGUAAAUGUUGUAAAACCUCCAGAAGAAUCGACGAUUUUGUUAGAACGUGGGUAUCAAGCUCUAUUGAACGAAAUACGGAUACACUUGAUUCCAGCGAAAUUGGACAAGGCGACACAGAAAUCGGAAGUGAAAUAAAUGAUGAAAGCAAUUAUGACGAUCUUAUUUACAACAUCGAAGACAUUGAAAAUGCGAUAAAAGACGAAUUUACCAAUAAUGACGAUCAACCAAUAAAGUUCAGUUUAGAGGUAGAGCUUGAUGAUAUAAUGACCAUUGUAAAUGAUACAAGUGUCAAUCAAGACUUGAAUUUAGUGGCACAUGAGACAGCAAAGCAUCUACAAGUACACAUAGAAAACGGGUCUGAAUAUUAUUGGGAAAUUCGUAGAACUCAUGUCAAUAAAAAAGACGGCGAAUUUACAGGAGUGGUUACAGUGUACUUUGGCUGUACACAGAGAGAAGAUCGUCAGUUUUCCAGGUCCAGUGAAGAAUCAAGCAAGUAUGAACGCGAGGUUAGACCAGCUAUUCAACAUUAUCCGUGUAAGGGUAGCAUAACAAUGAAAAUCGAUCUCUCCAGUAAAAGGGCUAAAAUCUUGUUUAACCACCAAAGCAGUCACCCAAAGCCAACGCAUAGAGGCAUUAAUAUCUCUCUCAAUGCUAUAAAUUGGAUAAAAAAUAAUAUUAAUUAUGGCGGCAUACGUAAAGUCGAAUUUUACAAGAGAUUAUCUAAUGAGGGAUUAAUUGACCCGAAAACGCAUACAUAUCAACAAGUCUAUUAUUGGGUGGCAAAAUUAUCAAAAAAUCAAUUUGUCACUGAUACAAAAAAUCAGCUCAAGUCAUCCAAAAAUUUUCUCGAUCAUAACACACAAGCGGACGAAGGCUAUAAAGUAAUUUUUUACCUUGAAAAUGAUUUUGUAAGAGCGUUAGGGUUUAUUACGCCAUUUUUACGAUUUAUUGAGAGGAGUAGCAUCAUUGAACUGGUUGUUGACUCAACUUUUAAGACAAAUCAAGAACGUUUUGAACUGUUCGCUGUAAUAGUCAAUAAUGGCGGAUAUGGCGUACCAUUGGCAUAUCUAUACCUGGACACAUUUGUUCCUUUAGAAAACGUGUCAGAUAAUCAUAGCGAUAACAGAAUUCGAAAUCGUGAGGGUGUACUCCGUGAAUUUUUUUCAGCUUUACACUGUGAGGGUGUGCUCCCAACAUUUGUCUUGGUCGAUAAGGAUAUUGGUCAGAUUAAUGCAAUAGAGGCAGCAUGGGAUGGACGAACAAUUGUACAAAUCUGUCUCUGGCAUGUGGUGCAUGCAAUAGAAAGAAAAAUUCGGGAGAGUAAAGAAAAAAACAGCCAAUACACUAUAAACAUGGCACAGGCGGCUAACAGCCAGUUUGAUUUUAUCGAUCCACAAUGGCGACCAACUAGUAAUAAUACAGCCACGAUUUGUCCAGAUGAAUACAGAAAAGAUGUGUUGCGAAUAAUUAAAAAGCAUGCACUUGCACAUCCAUUGAUACCGAUAAGUAGAGAUACUUUUUUGACAAAGGAGCAGAUAUAUUAUCAGAGUGUACGGGAGGCAUACCAAUUCUGCCAAUCAAAUGACUUAAUACAUUUGUGGGGAUAUUUAUGGUGUAAUUGGUAUCAAAGAAAACAUUGGGAUCAUUUCGCACGUGCAUCAUAUCCUCAAGCUCUUCCACUUGCUCGCACAACAAUGAUAGUUGAGUCACACUGGCGUGUAUUGAAAUAUAAUUACAAAUACAGAUAUAAUCGACCACGACUUGACCAAUUAACGCAAAUUAUUACCAAACAAUUGGUUGCUGACCACAUAGAUCUGUGGAGAAGAUAUUGUAACAAUCGAGAAUUUCCCUCGUGGUGGCACGCCUUCAAACGGGAAUGGAAUGACGCAAAAGAAAAAGAUAUGGACGACGCACAUCAAUAUCACACUGAUACUGUGUCAUGGAUUUGUUCAUGUCCAGCGUAUUUAAAACAUCCCUACCUGAUUUGUAAACAUUUGGUAGCAACAAAAAUCAGACUCGUUCCUGGAUUUAUGCCACUUUUCAAGGACAUUAUGCGGCGCCAUGAUUAUCCGUUUAUCGAUUUUCACCAAGAGUCUAACGCACGCAUUCUAUUAGACAAUAUACCUUGGAAUAAUGUUCAGGAAAAUGAACAUCAGUCUAUCAAUGAGCCGUUAGAGAAACACUCCAAUCAUUGGUCAUUCAUGGGUUCGACUUAG